CGCGUCACGUCCGCUGGCGUUAGACCGGGGCGGAGGAGGUGCGCAGCGCGUCGGGUCCUGGGUCACCCUCCCAAAGUGCGUCGUCGCGAGAGGCUGCGGCGGGGCCUCUGCUGAGAAGGCAGGAGCUUGACAGCUUCCGUCCAGGCCAGGAGCGGGGACAGCCAUCCGGAGCCAUGAGCGACAGCGGCGAGCAGAACUACGGCGAACGGGUUAAUGUUGAAGAAGGAAAAUGCGGAAGUCGUCAUUUGACAAGUUUUAUAAAUGAGUAUUUGAAGCUCAGGAAUAAGUGAAGCUGAAAUUUGAAAAAAUAAAAGAAAGAAUGCAUGCUAUUUAUCAGACCAGAAGUCCCACUUGUAGAAUAUUGAGCAAUUUGUGUGAAGUGGGGAAGAUGAAAGAAGUCAGAAUUUGAAACGGAAGAAUGAAGAAAAGAAAUAAAAAUGAAGUUAAGAUAAGAAGUAAUCUGGAAUCAGAAAGCACUACGCUAAGAAUCCCGUUCUGCUUCCAGAAGUGGAAGUGCUCAUGGAUCGGGGAAAUCUGCACGGCAUACCCCUGCAAGAUCUCGCUCCAAGGAAGAUUCAAGGCGUUCUAGAUCAAAGUCAAGGUCCAGAUCUGAAUCCAGGUCCAGAUCCAGAAGAAGUUCUAGAAGGCAUUAUACAAGGUCACGAUCUCGAUCCCGCUCCCAUAGACGAUCCCGGAGCAGGUCUUACAGCCGAGAUUAUCGCAGACGGCACAGCCACAGCCAUUCUCCCAUGUCCACUCGAAGGCGUCAUGUUGGGAACCGGGCAAAUCCUGACCCCAACUGUUGUCUUGGAGUAUUUGGAUUGAGCUUGUACACCACGGAAAGAGACCUAAGAGAAGUGUUCUCUAAAUAUGGCCCCAUUGCUGAUGUGUCUAUUGUGUAUGACCAACAGUCUAGACGUUCAAGAGGAUUUGCCUUUGUAUAUUUUGAAAAUGUAGAUGAUGCCAAGGAAGCUAAAGAACGUGCCAAUGGAAUGGAGCUUGAUGGACGCCGAAUUAGGGUGGAUUUCUCUAUAACAAAAAGGCCCCAUACCCCAACACCAGGAAUUUACAUGGGGAGACCCACUUAUGGCAGCUCACGCCGCCGAGAUUAUUAUGACAGAGGAUAUGAUCGGGGUUAUGAUGAUCGGGACUAUUACAGCAGAUCAUACAGAGGAGGUGGUGGAGGAGGUGGUGGAUGGAGAGCUGCUCAAGACAGGGAUCAGAUUUACAGAAGGCGGUCACCUUCUCCUUACUACAGUCGUGGAGGAUACAGAUCUCGGUCCAGAUCACGAUCAUACUCACCUCGUCGCUAUUAAAGCAUGAAGUUGAAGACUUUCUGAAAGCUGCCAUAGAGCUGGGAUAUUGUUUGUGGACAAUAUUUUCUAUUGUCUCCUGUUUAAAAAGUGAACAGUGCCUAGUGAAGUUAGGUGACUUUUACACCUUUUAUGAUGACUACUUUUGGUGGAGUUGACAUGCUGUUUUCAUUCUGCGUUUGUGUAGUUCGGUGCUUUGUUCAAAGUUAAGUGUUUUCAGAAAAGUAUGUUUUGCAUGUAUUUUUUUACAGUCCAAAUUUUGACUGCUGAGAAGUUUCUAUUGUACAAAACUUCAUUUAAAAGGUUUUUCUACUGAAUCCAGGGUAUUCUGAAGAUCGAAGCCUGUGUGUAAAAUGCUACCAAAUGGCAAAAAGCAACAAUAAACAAGUUUGAUUUUUACUUUUCUUUCUAAAUAUCAAUGCUUAACCAGAACCAUUCUUAAGUUACCAGUAAAAUAUUUUAAAAUAAAAAAUACUCAAAUUUCUUUCAGGAGUCCAUGAAACUUGCCAUAUUCAAUAUACUUGCAACUAAGUGUUAAAUACGCUGUAACUCUGUGCUGCUAGUAUUAGAAGAUAAAUCUUUCCAUACAGCAAAUGCUUAAUGCUUACAUUGAUGUGGAUUCAUCAGCCUUUAUGUAAUCUGUAUUAUAGAUAGCAGGGAAUAAGAGAUACAGAUACAAGUCUUUAAAGGCUGUUUCUUAAGGCUGUUACAGAGAGAUAAUGGUAUUUCAACUAGUUAUCAACAAGUGACGACAAUACAUUCCACCACAAAUGUACUCUUGUUCUUCUAGCUUUUAGACUAUAUGAAAAUACUGGGUGCUUCAAGGUAUGGAAUGAGAGAAGGGUUCACCACACCUGUGUCAUGGAUGAACUGAAGACUGCCUGUUCAUUUUUUAAAUAUUAUUUUCAGGUCCUUUGCUUACCAAAGGAGGCCCAAUUCACUCAAAUGUUUUGAGAACUGUUUAAAUAAAGGCAAAGAGAAAACUUGCUAAUGCAACUUGGUUUACAAA